AUGCUCCGCACCCGGCCCCUGCGCGGCCCGGCGGCGGCUGGCGGGGAAGGGCACAGCGGCCCCCACCCGCCCGCCGCCCACACACUGCCCCACGGUGGCACCCGCCGGGGCCCACGGCCAGCAGCCGUCUCCUCGGUGGGGCCUGGCAGGGGCCGGCACGGCGCAGCCCCCAGGCCAGCAGUGGCCAUCGGGCCCCGGCGGUGCUGCAGCCCCCCGGGGGCGUCCCACUGCUCGUCCUCUUUCUCCCUGGAUCAGCUGCAAAGCGCCAGCAGGCAGGCCGGGAAGAGGGGGGCCGAGGCUCGGGCUUGGCCGGAGGCCUGCAAGAGCAGCACCAGCCUGCGGGACCGGGCACGGGCCGUUGCCAAGGGGAGCGGUGGAGAGGACAAAGAGGCGCAGGUGGAAAAGCUUUACCCCGAUGGCCACUAUCAGCGGAGGUCAAAAAGUGGAGCAUCCCCCCAGAGGCUCUGCAGUCUCAGUGAUGAGAAGUACGAUUUCGUCUCUGAAAAAGAGAAGACGAUGAGUGCCCUGAAGCUGUGUAGAUGCCAGGAGGAGCAGGGCACAAAGGCGCGACGGCUCCUGGCCUCCAAGGUUUCGGAUGAGGUAAGAAGGCAGGAGAAGAAACUCAGAUCCAGACUGGAGGAGAGGCGACAGCUGAUGGUAGAAAACCUGAAGAGAUGGCAGAGGGACCAGGAUCAAAGGAAGGCCAAAUGCAGGCUGGUUGAGGAACAACUUUUGGAGGCCAGGCAGAAAGAAAUGAUGUUGCGAGAGAAUAAAUGGAAGAGACUGGUGCAGGAGGAAGAAACCAAGCGCAAGGCAAAACUUGAAAGAUCAAAGUUGCAAGCUGAGUACAGGAAACAUCGUCAAGAAAAGCAGCUAAGAGAGAAACAGAUCCUGGAGCAGGAUACUAGAGACUUGAACUAUAGUCUUCUCAGAGACAAAAUGUCACGGGCUUGUGAGAAAAGGCUUUCGAAAGAAAUUGAAGGGAAGAAGAAGAGAAAAGAGUUGAACCAGCAUGAAAUGACAAGACACAGACGCCUGAAAGGUCAAGUUGAUCACCAGGUCAAAGCUGGUGAGCUUUGCAAGAGACAUGCUAUAGAACAAAAGCUUCAGAGAUCUAAAGAAAUCCUUGAUCAGCUGAUGGAGGAAAGGAAUAGGGAAUCAAAACAAAAAGCUCUAAAGGAAGAAAAACGAAGUUUUAUGGCAAAAUUUAGAGCAAAAGAGACAGAGGAAGAGAAGAGAAGACGUAAAAGUAUGUUGCUGCAAAUAGCUGAGAUGAAAAUUCAGCAAGCCCAAGAAAUGGUGGCCAAAACUAUGCAACAGAAAGUACAACGCAGCAAGGAAAUUAACUGCUUAAAAGAAAGAAACCACCGCUUUCAAAGGCAAAAAAUUGAAGACAACGAAAAAUGUCGACUACAGGAAAUAGAAGAGGCUAUCAGAAGACAAAAUCAGAAGAGUGAUCAAAUACUAAGAGAUAAGGAAUCCACUGCAGGAAAAGCUAGAAAAAUAUCCCGAACAUCUUAUGGCCCGGGACAAAAAGUGAGAGAACUGAUGAAUAGUCAUGCGUAUGACUAG